AUGCAGAGACCUGUAGACAGACUGAGUGUGGAAAUCAUUGUUUUUCAGGCUUUGGAAAUAGCCAAAGUGAAGGGCUGUUAUUCGCAAUGCACAGCUGAUAAGAGCAAUGAGUAUUUGGAACGCAUCGAGGUCGAUUUACACCAGCCACAGGGUGACAGUAUCAUAUUCGAAGAUACUGAAAAAGCAGUCUCAGAAGAGGUGGCAGAUUGGCUCGAGGCUCAGGAAUGCGCCGAGUUCUGGAAGUCCAGGCUACGGCAGCCGCAUCUGGUAAUACCUAGUGCACUUCAGUUGGCGCGACAUAUCAAAACUAGUGCCACUCUCCAAGCUGACCCCUGCAGUGGUCUCAUUUCAUUCGAGGCGCUUUUGCAUUUGAUCGCCUUAGAGUUACUAGCAAUUUGCUACACAUCAUCAUCAAGUUCAAUCGCAAGUUGCGUUCCUCUGCUGGAACAACAAAAAGAUACGAAACCUACUACAGUAUUGCGUGCAUAUUCAAAAUCGCUAUUUUCUCCAGCUUUUGGUCACCACGCUCGCCCAUCUUCGGAAAUAGGUUCUUGGCCAGUUCUUUGUAUGGGACCGUCGCUCGAGGAAAAAAUAGCAGAGCAUGACAGCCGUAGACGCCGACAACAGAACGACCAGAAACAACAUGUUUUGGAUCUCUCUGGGGCCGGCUGCACAGAUGGACCGCCCUCAGAAGCGAUGUGCAUGGAGCUAGACAGCAAAUUAUCAAAAGCCAGCUCGAGCUCCUCAGUGGGACACCAGCCAGGGAGACAGAAGCAAUAUUGGGCUGAGCUUAAGCCUCGUCAACAUGGUGACCGAACGUCCUCCCCUAAAAACAUCAAUGAACGACCUAUACUACGCGCACCAUCCGUACUUCAACUUCGUCCUACACAAUCUGUGCCAUCAAUUGCAGUAGAGAAAGAUGUGUCCGUCAGGAAUCCUUAUACUUCGAGGCGAUGUAGCUCCGAUCCAUCUGAUAGCACUCCUCUCACUCAUCACUUCCAGCUUCCGGAGAUCCGGCGCAUCUCAGAAUUAAUGGAUGGGAGCCAGUCUCAAGAUUCAUCGAUAGCUGACUCCGUGCGUGCUUGUGAACACGGGGAUCUCAUAGUCACUCACGAUCACUUUGACGACACUCCAGAUGGCCCAUAUACAGCACGACAACAGCAGAAUCAGUGGAAGAAUCAGCAUUGGCGACACAAGGAUACUAGUUUUCUAUCCCCACCCGCUACCUUCUUGCCAAUGAAGUCUACUCCGUCAAGCCAGAUUGUUUCAGAGAGUGACUACUUUGGGAAAGUUCAUAUUGGUGGACGCACGACGGAUGGGAAAGAGGAUCAUAGGACUACUGCAACAGAAGAUGGCGGUACACGCUCUACAAUGAAUGACAGUAUUAAGGCUCAACCUUCUAUAAAAGAGUCGGGCGACAGUGACGGACCGAACCAAAAGAAGCCGAGAGGCGUCAAUGAAUCAUCGAUGCGGGGAUGUGAGUUUGGAAGGCCGUCUCGGGGUAGAACAAGAGAAGAACUUGAUCAUUAUUCUGCUAAGAUAGGUUGGUAA